AUGCAGCAAUUGGAUGUACAAGCACAGAUUUUUCGAGAACUUGCACUGAUCACUGGGCUAGAUUGUGUAUCUGAUGAAAAUGAUUUUGUUUAUGAUAACUCAAAACCGAAUAGGCUUAUGGUUGAGUAUUUUGGUAGAAAUCAGGAGAACCAAUUGCCAGUUAAAAGACACGAGCUUAUUGAGUGUUUCAACAAGACUGUCUGGGAUGAUAAAGGGGAUGACGCAGUCAAGAUGGCAAUAUUGUAUUUCAUAAAUACGUGGGUACAUUGUGGUGAGCCGAACUCAACAAACAUACCAAGGAUCCAUUUUGAUGUUGUAGAGGACGGGAGAUAUAAUGAGUAUCCUUGGGGUAAAGAUUCGUUUAGAGAGUUGGUUGUAAGCAUCGGGCAGAAAUAUGCUGGUUUUAAGAAAUAUUAUAGGAUUCAUGGUUUGCCGCUUGCUAUGCAAGUAUGGUUGUAUGAAUGUUGCUCAAAAGUCCCGUCCACCAUUGCAGUUAAGACGGGGAAUUUAAUUCCUAGAAUUUUGAACUGGCGGACUACGGAAGGAAAACCAGAAUUCAAGAGAUUGAUGGAUGGCAUGUUCAGAGACGAUAAAAAUCCGUCCUGUAGAUUUGAGGAAGUUGUGCCAACACCCCAUGAGUUGGAAACUCUUAAAUUGCCUCCUGUUGCACAUGACAUACCAGACGUCAAACAUGGAGUUGAUGGUGUACAUGGUACUGAUUUGGUAGACGAUGAUUACGAUGAUUUUAGUACCACACCACCGCAUCUGUCCAGUGGCAAACAACAACAAAGGAGUCCCAAUUCUGAUUCCCCGCGAGGCAAGAAACGGACGCAGUUUCCAGUUUAUGUUCCUCCUUCCAGGAAACAACCAUCACGGAAGGAAUCUGGGAUAAAAGGGACAAGGAAACCAGAUGCACCUACAGCACCCCGAACAGAUGAGUUUAAACUGAUAAGGGAAGAGAUUCAGAUUUUCAAGAAAGAAGUCGGCGACACAAUGUUAAAAGCUGACUUACAUAGUGAUGGUGGGAUUUCUCAAGGCAAUCAAAGUGGCGGUGCAGUAAAACUUUCAACCAAAGAGAAUCAAGGUGGUGGUGCCACUUCCGCGCAGAGGAGUCAUCCAGUGGAAUCUCAGCAAAUCGGCGAUAUGGAGAAUGCUAAUGCUGAAUUUACCGCAUCAGAGGAAAUGGUAGCGGACUUGCUAAUCAACUGCCCUUUAGCAUGUGUUAUUCCUCUCGGUCCUCCUCCAGUACCACGCGAUGAUCAAACCGAUUUAUACCAAUCCAACUUGGAGUACAACCAACAACCGGACAAAGUUCAACUAAUGAAACUGAACAGCAAGUUGGAGUACAACCGAUAG